AUGGUUUAUCCAGAAACAUUUCAAGGAAUUGGUGUCAAUUCACCAGAAUCAUGGCUUGAACCCAAAAAAUUUGAAUUCAAACCUCAUGGAUUCAGAGACUAUGAUAUUGAUAUCAAAGUUGAGGCGUGUGGUGUUUGUGGGUCAGAUAUCCAUGCUGCUUCUGGUAAUUGGGGAAAGACCAAUUAUCCAUUGGUUGUUGGACAUGAAAUUAUUGGUAAAAUUGUCAGAUUGGGAUCAAAAGUUCGUAAAGAUUUUAAAGUUGGAGACAGAGUUGGUAUUGGCGCUCAAGCUGACUCAUGUGGUGUUUGUAAAGUUUGUAACACCUUUGAUGAAAACUAUUGCAAACACAACAUAGGAACGUAUAUGGGAAUAUAUGAAGAUGGUACAAGUAGUUAUGGUGGAUACUCAUCAUAUGUCAGGGUCCAUGACAGAUUUGCAUUUAAGAUUCCAGAGAAGCUAGAAAGCAAAUAUGCUGCUCCAUUAUUGUGUGGUGGUAUUACUGGAUUUUCGCCAUUACUUCAUAAUGGUGUGACAAAGGGAACUAAAGUUGGCGUUUCUGGUAUUGGUGGCAUUGGACAUAUGUCUUUAUUAUUUGCUAAAGCAUUGGGAGCCGAAGUUUAUGCUAUUUCCAGAUCUGACUCGAAAAAGGAAGAUUCAUUGAAGAUGGGAGCUGAUCAUUAUAUCAGCACAUCCAGUGAUGAUUGGGUUGAAAAGUAUAGUGGAGAACUUGAUUUAAUUGUUAAUUGUGGCAGUUCAUUGACAGGUACCAAUUUAGAUCAAAUGUUGGAAUUACUUAGACCAAGAGGAAAAUUGGUUUUCAUUACAGCCCCGCCGAUGGAAGAAAAAGUAACAGUUGCACCAUUUACCAUGUUGAAAACCGGAACCUUUAUUGGUGGAUCAGGAAUUGGUGGAUCCAAAGACAUUCAAUUCAUGUUGAAUUUUGCAGCAGAACACGACAUCAAACCUUGGGUUGAAGCGGUUGAUAUCAGUGAGGAAGGUGUUACUGAAGUAUUUAAGAGAGCCUAUUCGGGAGACGUCAGGUACAGAUUCACAUUAGUUGGAUAUGACAAGGCGUUCAAUUAG